AUGAUUCGAUUUCGGUGUCUCUACAUUCCUCUUCUAGAAUCUAGGGACGUUCUGGUGUCUGCUGACGUGGAUACUUUGGUGUGUACUGCUCGCGAGUUGCUGCUGCGUGCGGCGCUGGGAUCGUCUCCCAAGCCGACCCCACACUCGAUCCCAGCCCCGGCCCCACACUCGCCCCCAGCCCCGGCCCCACACUCGCCCCCAGCCCCGGCCCCACACUCGAUCCCGGAGACGAUCCCCAAGAGCGAGGGGUUUUGGAGCGUCUUCGGCCGCCGAGCCAAAGAAAGCCUUCAUUUGUUUUCGGUUGCAGAUGCAGCAAUUGUUGCUGCUGCGUUGCAUGCACAUCAUAGAGACACAGGGUUUUUCGUGUCUGUGGCUCCGUCCUUCGGUCUCCUUUCCUCGUCCCCAAGGCGCAGCGGGGCGGAGCGUCGCUUCGGUCUCCUUUCCUCGUCCCCAAGGCGCAGCGGGGCGGAGCGUCGGCUGCACUUCGGUCUCCUUUCCUCGUCCCCAAGGCGCAGCGGGGCGGAGCGUCGGCUGCAGCAGCAGCAGCAGCUGCAGCAGCUGCAGCAGCAGCUGCAGCAGCUGCAGCAGCAGCAGCAGGAUGCAGCAAAAGCAGCAGCAGGAGCUGCUGCUGUUGCUGCUGCAGCAGGAGCAGGAGUGACCGUUGCGCAUGCAGCAGUUGCAGCAGCAACAGCAGCAGCAGCAGCAAAUAAACCCUUAUCUCAGGGCAAGGGCAGCGAGGUCUUGCGUAUUCUGGAGGCAGCGACACUCACCCAGCCGCAGCAGCAGCAACUGCAGCAGCUGCAGCAACUGCAGCAGCAGCAGCAGCAGCAGCAGCAGCAGCUGCAGUUGCUGGGUCGCCUUGUAUGGCGGAAGAUCGCGGCUUCUGUGCCUUCAUUGCAGCCCGCAGAACUAAACAGAGCUGUUGCGGGGCUGAAUUGCUGCGGCCUUCGGCUUCCUCUUCUUCUCAAAAAAAUCAAAGACAGAGCGGUGGAGAUACACGCGCAGUUCACCGUCCCUGAUGCUCUGGAGCUGCUGCGGGGUUUCGCCGUUGCUGCCUUCGACUGCGAGGAGCUGCUGCAGUCUUUUGAGCCUCUUCUUGUGCAGCACACCGAAGCCCUGACGAGGAAAGAAGUGCAGCUGCUGCAGCAGCUCCUCGCCGAAGCAAAUGAAUCAAAAUUUAGCGGCCUCAGGGCAGCACUCACUGCAUCUCAAGUAUAA